CAGGAAAUGGUCACUGCUUGCAUGAACGAAAAUUCUCUGUAAUUAAUUUCUUUUAAUAAGUCAAGGUUCGAUUGACUUUCGAAGCAAAACUUUGGUAAAAACACCAGAAGAUCUUGACUUGAGCACCCUCAAAAUGCAACUUUGUGUAUUUAGGUGGAGGUGUAGGUUUUUGUUUUCUUGACAUGGAAGGGUUCAGUGUCUUCGAUCGUCCUGACCGGAUUUGAUCUUACGUAUCGUUGUACUGGCAAGGAAAUGUCAUACCAGCACACUCAUUGGAGAGAUGUAGAGGUAGUAUGUACUUAUUACAGACUGAGUUUGGUCGGGCCGGACGGCAAAAUAUUUGGCUCGAGGUCGACAUACGGAUCUCGCUUAGCUCGUUUCGUAUGCUAUGACCUUACGCCAAAUAUUCUCCCAUCCGACCCGAUCAAAUUCAGUCAUUAAGCACAUUAUAAUAUGACACAUCGAUACGUGUUGAAAAUUUAAGCAAUUUUGUUUCAACCUAAAAGGCGCACGCAGCACAACCAGAAAAAAAGAUUCUACGAUACGCGAGGCCAUACUGGUCUUAUGAAUUUCCUUAAUUAAGUUUCUUUUGUUAUGGUAUUUUUUCAGGUCAUAAAAGUCGUUAUUAGCUAUGUGAUAAUGCAGUUCAUUCAUCAUCCCUGCUGAAUUGCAUUUUUUUUUCGGUUUGAGAAAUGAAACUGAUGGAGGAAAAAAUCAUGAUGAUAAAAAUAAUUUUUAUUGACCCCUUAAACAACCACAUGUUCAGAAUUUUCAACUUGACAGAAGGUAAUUAUGUCGUAAUUUUGAUGAUUAUCAUACGCUAUUUAGCAUUUUGAAGUUCAGUGUAUGAUUAGAGGGUGUAGUAUGUUUCAGGAAAAUUAUUUAAUGCUGAUUGGCAGAGACAGACAACAUUUUUCCAAUCCCAGGGGCACUUGAAUUGAUCAUUGUAAGCUGAGUGUGUGUCAUCAGCACUGAAAUGGUUUUGCUCUUGAAAUGAGUUUCUGAGAAAGUUCAGAUAUAAUUAGAUUCCAUGACUUAACCCUUUAACUCCCAGAAGUCAUUGAGAGGUAACUUUUCCCUAUAAUAUCCAUACACUAUCUAGCAAACAGGUAAUGGGAAUACUAAAACUUAUCAUGUAGAAGUUGUUAUUCUUGAUCUAACAACAAAUGCUCUUAACUAAUUUAAAAGGAAAUGUGUAACAGCUAGAGGGGAAAAUUGACAAUCAGAUCUUGGGAGUUAAAGGGUUAAAUGCAGAAGGGAGUGUGAAGGAGGACAUAGGACAGGAUCCCUGAUGAAGAAUAGUAUAAGGAGACUGGGGGGGGGGGGUCAAUCUCCUUCCCAGGGUUUCUCUUUUUUCCUCUGUGGUUGGUAGGGAGAGAGUUACCAGUGAGAUAGGAGAGAUCCUUUUAUUAGGUAUUAAGUAAUGCGAUCAAGAAUGAGCCUCCUGGGCAGAGGACCUUUCUGAAAGAGCAUUGAUGUUUAACCUGUAUGUUUUGUAGGCAUGGAGGAAAGAAGGUCUUCCAUUGUCGACAACAAGCAAUGAAGCUGCCAAAAUGUUUGAUGCUUCCCUCACUCAGGUAAAGGUUCAUAUUCAGGCAGCUAUGUUGUGAUGUUCUGUGUCUUUUGUUGCGGUAGACCUUGUUACCCCCCCAGAUACACUUGUACUAAAGAUUAUCCUUGACUGAGAUGAUAUCCUAGCUAAAUACUAUGUGUAGUUAGAGACAGUGUCAAAUUACCUGUAGUAAACAAAUAUACCAGGUUUUUUAUGUAGAUGCACCAAAGGUUCACUUUGUUACAUUUUACAUUCAUUUGGAUUUCCAGACUGUUAUUUAUAAAUGACUGUAAAUAUAUACAUAAAAAUCAUACAUGUGAACAGUGGUUAAUGAGUCAAAUAUCGAAGCAGUACUGAUUUGCAGGUAUGAACACUACUUAAGUAGUGAAAACAAGGUCUGAAAAAAAAAUUCAGGCCUGAAUGGGAUAUUAUUUAUUAUUUUGUUAUUUUUUGUUAUUUACUGUUAUUUAUGUUUGUUCAUGUUUGGUCUAAUGUUUGGUUUUAAGGUUGUUGCUCACCUUGAAGAUGACAGUGUUGGUGGUUUGCAGAAUUCAAUAACCAGGAUGUUGCAAGCAGAUCCUGAUUUUGGUGAAUUCAUUUUAAGCAAAUUUUAUAAUGAUUAUUCCAAAUUGUUGUUUAGUUCAGUGUUUGAGAUUUACUUAAUUUUAAUACUUCAGAGACCUUCCACACACAAUGAAAACUGAAAAGUUAGCUAGAUUACAUUUAGCUAGCCACUUAAACACACAUAAUGAUAUUCCCAACCAUGAUAUUCAAAAGGGCUGCAUCUUUUGGUUCUUUACUUGGCACAUUUUGCAAUUACUCUAUAUUGUUCUAUUUUCAGUUCGUUAAUAGGAAUUAUGAAAAGUUUUUUUAAUCUCAUGGGUUAAAUUACAGUGAUAAAUGAGAGGCAGUUAUCAUUCUCUAUAGCAAGACACAAUUUUUUCCACCGUAAAUGAUUUAUGGAAUUCUUGUUAUUGAGUUUGUUAUUGAGAUCCCAUAUCGAUCCACGUUCUUUGUUUUGAUCCAUCUCGUACAGUUAUGGGUCAUGUCUUGGCAUCCACUUGCCUGUUUGAUAUAAAGCAUUCAGAUGCUGCUCCAUUACGAGCUCCAAAAACUGACCUUACCCACAGAGAAUUACUUCAUCUCAGCGCUGCAAAGGAGCUGGAAGCUGGGUAAGAUACAAUUAUCUAAGUAUUUACGGCAUGAAACCAAGGUAGUCUAAGCUAGGUAAAGGAUUACAACGAUGGGAGAGCGGGGAACGAAAAGCGAGCUCAUCAUUCAUAAGUCGGACCAAAAAACCUGCAACAAUCAAAGUAACAAACUCACAAGCAUGCUAAAAAUUUUUUUCUUCAAAACUAAUCCUGGAGGUUAGGUAAUAAGGUGAUCCAACGGCUUAUUCUAAUAAGGUUCCUCGAAUUUGCGAGUCUAGGUGGGCAGUGAAGUUAUGAAAAUAAUAUCAUAUGUGUCAGUGUACCAAAUUGACACAUAGUUCCCAUCAUGCAAAGUAUCCAACCACUCCUUUCUGUUCAUGACACCAUUAAUUGCUGUUGUAGAAAUGUACCUAAAGCACAAGACAUUUGGGAUGACAUAGUGAUGGCGUACCCUACUGACAUAUUAGCAUUGAAGAUGCUCUCUGACUACAGUACGUUUUAUGGUCCUAAGGAGAGGGUUAGGGACAGUGUGGCAAGGGUUUUUCCACAUUGGAAGCAAGACGCACCGUUAUAUGGGUACAGUAAUGGCAAUUUCUGUGGUAGUGGUGACAUUUUCAAGUUUUCAAAAUGAUUAAUAUCCAUCAUCAAAUUUAUCAUAUCGCUUUAUCAAUUUGCCUUGCGUGUGCCGUUAAUCAGUUUUGUUUGAAAUUUAAUGGUCUGGUGGAUUAAAACAAGAAUGUUCAGUUGGACCAUGGUUAAGGCGUAUUGAGACUUUGAAAUGAUAUGCAUGGUGGUGUGCAAUGUCGUUAAAUGACUUGAGAGAGCCGCAGAUAAACGGAGGCGCCUCCACCAAUUUCUUUCGGUUUUAUAGAUAACCACAUUACACACGUUUGGCACGUUUGGCCACCCUGUUGAAAAAUGUGCAAGAUGUUGGAUGGUGUUGGAUCAAGCUUUUGUAAUGUAACAACAUUUCCGAUGUUGUAAGAUGUUGCACGCGUUUGGCCAGCUUCUUCACAACAUCCCUCAACGCGAUCUAGCAAUGUUGUAAGAUGUUGCGUUGAAAUGUUGCGUACGUUUGGCUUGGCCUUUAUGGAAGUUGUAGCUCCGUCAGCACGCUUGUUGAUGUGGAGCUCCGCUACCACAAAUGACGCUGUUGAUUGUACCUACGUUAUCUACUCACACAUUAAAAAUAACUGAAGUUACUUUGUAAGUUGCAUGCAGUUUAUACAGAAAAACCAUUUACACAUGCAUCAACUGCAGGUAUCUUUUUGGCUUGUACGCCUUUGGUUUAGAAGAAACAAACUUCUACAGAGAAGCAGAGAAACAAGCUCGUAAGGUAUGUUCCAAACGAGAGCAAAAACGGAGGGUGUGGGGAUGUUGUAUCAAUAUUUAGAAUGGUAAGCUCGCUAAUUUCGCGUGCUUGUUUGUUCCGCGACGUUUGAAUUCCAGUCGACUUACGUAUGUAAAGUGCCAAACUGUAAUGAAGCUUAAUAGGUUAAACUAGCAAAAAAAAAGCUUUAAAGGAAAACUACAAAAACAAAGAAAUAAAAUAAGGAGAAGUACAACAAAGCCGACAAAACGAAAAAUAAAACAAAGAAACAAACAAACCAAAAAGAGAUAAGUUGAUUUUAAGAACUGCGAGUUGAUAAUGACAUUGGCCACCGUAAAGAGAUUUUAAAAACCUGACGUCUCGAGCGUUAACCCUUGUUAGAGUGGAAACAAGAGAGAGAAACGAAAUAAAAAAAUGCGCUUAAAGAUAACGAUACGAAAACGAAGUAUUAGCAGUUGAAACAAAGAGCCAACAGAGAAACAGAGGGACAAACAACAACCACAAUUACAACUUGUACAACUCCAAAAAAAGAGGGAACGGACUUUUCCCAAAUAAUGUCAUAACCUUUUUAAGACCACACAUGAAUGUUGUUUUCCAGUUUCUGUUACUGUUUUGAAUGAGGGUCUAUUACAAUAAUAUGCAAUAUCUGAAUAUUAAUGGUUUCCUUUAAAUGUUAGGGAUUGGAACUAGUUCCAAAAGAUACAGGAGCAACACACGCCUUGGCUCAUGUUAUGGAGAUGGAAGGCCGCCAGGAUGAAGGGAUUAAAUUUAUGAGUGAAACCAUAGAGAACUGGAAGGUGUGUGAAAUGCGUUUUUAUGAGAUUGCUCCUUUUUAAGUUGUCAAGCUCCAUUUUUUAAGUCGUCAACUCAAUGUCUGUUCUUUGCAACAAAUCGUUUCAUGUGUACUGCCUCCAUUACAAGCCACUGCGAUUCGUCACGGAGACAGGUCAUGGCGACAGUUUUGCCGCUUGUGACAUGAGCAGAGAAAUAUUUUUAUGUGAAAUUCUUGUCUCUACGACAACAUUUUGUCGAGGUCUACGAGUUUAAACCAGUUGAAUUUGAGCGACUGAUCACAGUAACAAAGUUGCAUCGGAAAUGCAAAGAUAUUCCACUACCCUUUAGUGCUGACUGAUCAAGAGUGGUACACGUAUGUUUAGAUAAAAACGACGGAAAUUGUCGAGGGCCGGGAACAAGUCAUUAAGGCAUUUUUGCGUUUCAUUUUAUUAUUUUUAUAACAAUUAUUAUUAUUAUUAUUGUAAUUAGUAUUAAUGUUAUUAUUAUUAUACAUACUUUACAGUUAUCUUUUUUUAAGAAACAUUUGUCUCUGCUCCAUUUUCAUACAAAUUCUGUGUGACAUUUGUGUCCCAGCGACCAGUUUUCAAGUGUAUCUCAACCUUUCAGACCUGCGAGUCAAUAUUCAGUUCACUAAGACAAACUUGUCUUUCUUUUCUGCCAGCCAUGUGAAACAUUAACUUGCCACAAUUUCUGGCACUGGGCUUUGUAUCAUAUUGAAAAGGUAUGCUGUCAGUUAACAUUCGCUUGCGACAACAGGUAAAGAUCAUUUCCCAAGUUAGACUUACGACUUUUCAAAAGUGAAAUAAGAAUUAUUUCUUGAUGAAAUGAAAUAUUAUCUUGUUAAAUUCUGAUAGAAACAAGUUGCUAAUCUCGAUACAAGUAAUCAAAGCCAUUGUAAAAAACUAUUGAACAGUGACGUGUUCGCUGCGUAGCUUCACGGAAUCGAUGCCAACUCGAUCACAUUUUGCUCCCACCAUUCAACUGGAAACGCAAGAAUAAUGAUAUUUGGGCACAUGGGCGAUCUAAACCAUUGUGCGACGUACCCAACAUCCGGCACCCUUUUUAUCACCUGUGUUAAAAAGAAAGACAAAUGCACCAAACCUUUACACCAAAACUUAAAAAAAGUGGCCGGUUACAAAAAAAGGGGGUUGGUGCCAUCUAAUGUGGUUUCGUUGGCACUUCUGUUAGUCCGCCAACAUUAUUGAUAUGUUUUUGUUUUUAUGUUGUAUAUUGAACUGUUUAAUUCCGCUCCCCCCACUUUUUUUUCCUAUUGAAUACAGGGAGAGUACGAAGCAGCCCUGGAUAUUUACGACUCUGAGGUAAAUAUGUACGUGGAUUAAUCCUUACACCCUAACACGAGUAUAAAUACAAUGUAUUCUCGAUAUAUAGUUCUCUAUACAAUUCCUGAGGUGCUGACUCAGAGAAUCUGUUCAACAAUCAGAACUUCUUUCGCUGGUGAUCAUUUCCUUUAUUCUCAUGACCUUUAGGUUUGAUUCAGGGGUAAUAUUGUAGGGAGAAAUUAAAUGCUCAUCUCCUCCAGGAGUUAUGAGGGUCAAGCUUUGUUCUCCGUUAGGCGCGUAGUCGUAUUUCGUUUUCUCUAUGUUUUACAAUUGGUAAAUCUGCUUUGGAAGCUUGAAGUACUUUCAUUUCCCUAUUCGCAGAUGUUACCAAGAUUUAAGGCUAGCAACGUUUUCCCAUUGACGGAUGGAUCAUCUUUGUUGUAUAGAGUGCAACUCGAAGGUUAGGAAGUUUUAGUUGAAGCUGACAGAAUCCCUGCUUGUUGAAUUAUGUAUGUCUAUUAUUACCACUUGUCAAUACCUCAUAUAGCCGUGUGGCAUUACCUUUUCGACCCUUCUCCUCUGUAGGGUAUAGAAAUGUGUCAGGUAAGAUUUUGGGAAUGAAAAUCUCUUUCAUGAUUCUAGCUUCUAUUUCAAUAGUUAGACGCGUGGCCAAUAACUGCAGGUGUCUGUUAACGUAAGAUGCUCUUAAUCAUAUAAGUUUUUGGGUAUCCAUGUCUUGGUUGUGGUUGUAUUGUUUGUUGUUAGGAAUAGUGUUGUUUAAGCAUUCUAAGAAAGUUUUAUUGCACGAAUUUUUGUCACUUUUCAAAGGGAUGAGAGUAUUACUUUUGAGUAAGAUCAUCACUAGGUGCUGCAAGCACACUGUGACAGAAACCAAAUAGCUAAUGGGUUUGUUGGAUGACUUAAGUUACGAGACGGUUCAAGGCACUAUUUCUGAACAUGAUUUAUGGGAAUAAAGAAGACAACAAACCAAAUGAACAAUAAAUAAACAACAGGACUAUAAGUGUUGUUUUUGCAGGAGUCGAUGUUGGUGACAGAUGGCAACAGCUCUGUCAGUUUUGGGAGAGCCACGCAGAUGAGCAUUUUCUGGUAGGUGGCGUGGAUGAAAGAGCCAACCUUUUCAUGUGGUGGCUACCGAAAGUAACACAAUUCUUUUUAUGGUUUCUGUAGGCAUUUAAUGACAGCCACAUGCUUAUGACCACGCUGGGUGCAAAGAAUGAGGCUUUGACGAUGAAACUGUUGGAUUCCUUGAGAAAAUAUGUAAGGUGGGGGUUCUGUUUUCAUUGAUGGCCAAAGGGAUUUUGAAAGCUGUUUGCCGCGAUUAGAAACUAAUCACCUCGUAUUCUAGUCUUACUUAAGCUGUCAAGGACGAACAGUCUUCUCUAGUGUUCGAACAGUAAUUUUAAAAUAUUUGGAACGGAAGCCUUGAUUACCCUGGCACUCCUCAGAAGGCCUGAAUUGAAUUUCGGGCUUUGUUAAAAAUUGGAAAAGUUCAACAGAGUGUCCACUGAUGACCCGCCCAAAAGCAAGCAAAGUCAGAGACAAGUUCUACAAUCGUUAUACGACGUUUCUUGGUGUUGUGAACGGUUCUAUCGCCAAAUGACUUUCAAAAGCUUAGAGUUUCGAAUUAGAAAUACUCCAUUGUGUCUUUUUUUUUUUUUUUUUUUUUAAAUGAAGAAAUGAUUCGCGUAGGUCAGCUGCGAUUGAGGAAACUGCAGAAAAGGGUCUAAAAAAAAAACGGGCUUCGAAGGAUUCGAACCCAGGCCUCCAAAACACUACCAACUGAGCUACCUAGCCACAUUUUGGGAAAUAAAAUAUUUUCUGACCAUCUAAUCAUAUCUUUACUUGUAUGUCAUCUGCCGGUCAAAGUAUGACUCCUUCCAUUUAUUGCGAUCAAAUAGCGUAGACCUCCUUAGGUGUGCCUCGCUUGCAAUAUGUGGCUCGUCGAAGCCUGAGUUGUUUCAGGCAUCUUUUUCUGCAAUUUCCUCGUAGCUCACCUAUAUUAGCGAAUCAUCUAUCAUUUGUCUUUCAUGCACUGGUCCAAAUUUCAUGAUUUACUGGUAGAGACAACAACACCACAACACAAGAUGAGCUUUCCAAAACCAAUUGGUUUGUAAAUACCUUUGGCUUUGAUUAGACGUUGCCUUUGCCCAGCCUAACAGAACUGUAUUUCAUAUUUUCACUUAAGGAAUGGCUCAGGCCCCAACUGUGAAAUAUCACGUGAAGUUGGUCUCCCAAUCUGCGAGGCAUUUGUGGAAGCUGAUAAAGUGAGUUUACAAUUUUUAGCUUUCAGGGUGGGUGAAAACUGUGUUUUGAUUGAAAUCAAGUGCAAACGAGUUUUUUUCCCUUUCUUUCCUCAGGGAAACUUCGACAAGGCUGUGACGAUUUUGAAACCUCUUCGUUAUAAAGUAGAUCUUGUGGGUUCAAGUAGAGCUCAGGUGAAAAUUACAAAUCUCUCUUUGCUCAGUGCGUAGAUCAGUAACCCCUAGGAGGAAUAAGCACCUGAUUUCUCCCAACAGUACCACCCUGAAUAAAACAUUAAGGUCAUGAGAAUAAAGGAAAUGACCGCGAACGCACUAAGCUCUUGAUUGUAAGACAAUUUUUUUUUCUCAGAAGUACCAUAGGAAAUAUAUAGAGAACAGUAUGGUGAACUUCCAUACUGAUGUCAGGGUGUAAGGGAUUAAAGUGAAUCUCAACAACUCAUUUUUUUUCUGUGGUAGUUUAAGGAGGCUCGAAAUAUCCUAUCGCCGAAACUUUUUAAAUUUAGUUCUCUUUGUUAUCGUGAUGAGGAAGCAUGAACAGACCCAGUUCACGGAUUUGUUUAACAAUUUACAAAAGUAUCUCGUAACGAGCUCAUAUGAUGGACCACACUCGAUAGGCUUGGACACCAGCCAAAGAAGGGUCGAAUACAUAAAAUCUUUCUCUGCAUGAGUCUCUUUUGGAGACUUUUUUUAUUGUUGUGCAUUGAGACUUGAUGUGGAAAAUUACUCACGCUCCUGUCCUUGUCUUUGUUAUAGCGAGAUGUGUACGAGUUGUUCUUGAUAAAUGCGUCCAUGCACUCGCAGCGUAGAGAGGAUCACCAAUUUGCCAGGUAUUCAUUGAACUUAUCCAAAUACUCAUCGACCACUUCAUGAGCAAGAAGAGACAUGUUGUCGUUAUGUGUAUCAAAACAAGAGACACUAUUUCACCACAUCUCCAAGACGAUGAACAGAUUCCAAAUACUUAUUUCAAAUUUCCAGGCAUGUCUUUCGUCUGUGUUUUUUAAGAUUGGUGCCAGGAAGGAUCCAAUCUCCGAACAACUGUAACUACUUACACAACUAUUUGAUCCCUUAUUUAAGACGCUCCUUAUUGUCAAACAAAUUCUCCUGGACAUUACCACAGGAAAUGUAAAGAGAGCAGUGUGGAGAAUAUACCCACUUAUUUUAGAGUGAAAUGAAUUAGUUAUUGUUAUAAUAAAUAGCUUUCCGAUGAAGUGUCUAAAACCAAAACCAAAUCAAAACCAAUCAUAGCAAGGAAAAUAUCACGACCAGCCUGAUGGAACAAACAUAUCAAUCAGUUUGCAGGUGGAAUUCACUUAUUCUUUAUCUACGAUUCGCUGUUCGCUGUUAUUGUUCUGUCAAUAUUGACUAGCAUGUCCCAUAUGAUGGGGAUGUUGCUGUCUAUAUUGUGCAUCACAGUCUCUGGCUCAUGUUUGUACCAUUUGUCUGUAAUCUCGAUAUCAUGAUCUUUACAGAUGUUCCAAUGGAGAUAUGCUGCAGCAUUAUUGUGCUUGGAGAUGUACUCUUCUUUUUAUUAAUAUUAUUAUUAUUAUUAUUAUAUUUAUUACCAUUUUUAUUAUUAUCAUUUUUAUCAAUAUUACUAUUACCAUCAUUGCUAUUUUUUAUUUUCUACUUUUUGUUUGUUUUUCCCUUUACUUUUUUAUGGCUUUACAGAUGCCUAAUCGCUGAAAGGAAAGCAAAAAAGAACAAAGCUCCGUUGACGGACAGACUCAUGGCACAAGCUCUUGCUCUUCAAGUGGAAUAGAAUGUAAAUGGUUGUGUAUGAAAAUAUGAAUUUUAAGCUCACCUCGCCAAUACUUCUGUUAGCCAGAACACAACAGAAAGAAACUCUUAAUGAAUUAAUUUUUGACGCCAACACCUGGCAGCUUCUUGCAGCCGGACUAUUCUAUUUGGUUUUCUCGGCAAGCUAUGACCUACACGCUUUUCCUUCACGGAGAGUUUACUGAAAAGGAGAACCGAUUUUCCUAUGGAUAUAUUGGCUUGGGAUCAGGUCGUGAAUAUAAACUUGAGAGUACCUCAAGGUGUUUUAUCGCAUCCUCGUUCAACAGUGCCAAGACUAAACGUAUUCUGUAAAUGUUUGCUCGAAAAAGUUAGUUCGAAUAAUUAGUGUAGGUAAUUGCAUGGGGCAGAAUAAAAUUAAAGAUUGAUAUCAAGCGUGUUUUAAGAAGUUGCAGAAAUUGCCUGUGACGUGGGCAAUUGUGAUAUUAUUGCGUGAUUUUACAAGGGAACUUGCGAUCACUAGUUUAUGAUAUUAUGGGCAGAAUUUUAUGGCAAUAAGAGUUCAAAAACCGCACGCUGUUGUGUGAGUCUAUAGGAAGCCAUUUCAGUGUUUGGAUAGCAUCAAGGAACUAUAGAACUAUAGAAUUUUGUAUAUUGAAAACUACGCCUAUUUUGUUUUUGUAGUGAUCCAACGCAUUUUUUCAUUUUGAGCCUUAGCGUCGAUGCACUUUACAAAGCCGGCAACGGGAAACCCGAACGAUGUAUUUCUAUCUAAAAUGCAUCUUUCCGUGGGUUAUUUACCUGAAGAAGAGUCGUGAGGAGAUAAGAAGUAUGUAUCCUCGACGUGGAUUUUGGACCACUCGAUUUAGCACGAGAAAUACACAAUCCGACUUGGACGGAAGUGACGAUACCCAAGGCAAUAGGGCCGAAAUUAUAUGUGGUCUUGACUGCGUAGACGCUGGAGAAGACGCGAGCCCUUUCCACGUGCAAGACAGAGUGCGCAGAUGAAUGUUAAUAUUAAGAUUGUUUGAAACCCAAAUGAUUUUUCCUUCGUUGAAAGGCGAGUUCAAUUGAUGGACGUCGAGCUCUUCGAUCAGUUUCUUGCAACUGAAGAACGAUUAGGAUUCUCGCCUCAGGUUGGUUUUCAACUCAAGAAGUUCAAAAGAGAGCUGCAUAUAUUGUUGUAAUUCUAGAAAUAUUGACUCGAACUUAGAAGGACUUGAACUUGAAGAGCGUAUACAGUCAUUUACUAUCGUUCAACCGGAACUCCCCGAUAUGUGGAUCUAUCUUUUUUUGUUGUUGUUAUUUUUUCGAUGACAAAGGCGGAAAGAUUGAAUGAGCAUGACAAUAGCUUAAAAGACGCGUUCUAAGCUAUUCGCUCCGCUGAGUAAGAAAUAUUCAAACGGGAUUAAGCUCGAUUCUUAUUGAAUUAUGAAACAUAAACCAUGCUAUUUUCCCUUCUAUUAUAGUGGUCGUAUCAAAUGAGUUCAAGUCGCGGUCUGUAUCCGAUGAAUGGUUGCACAUCGGGGCAAAGCAGUAAACCAUUUAAGCGUGUAAAGUUUUUAAAGCUUUUUAAAGAAAGCGAUCACUUUGAAGAAGUAAUUGACCCUUUUAUCUUCUAUUAGCCUUGGAAACUUCCUUUGUUACAAAACACAG